AUGGUCGUCUACUCCUUCUACAUCUUUGACCGGCACACCGAGUGCAUCUACGCCAAGUCAUGGCUCCCCCCGCCGCAACCCGCCCGCCCGACCUCCGCCUCGUCCGCGUCCGCCGCCGCCGCCGCCUCCGCCUCAACAGCAGCAGCAGCGCCGACGCAGCAGCCGUCAGCCGUCUCGGCGUCCUCGGACGACGCCAAGCUCGUCUUCGGCACCGUCUUCUCCCUGCGCAAUAUGGUGCGCAAGCUCGGCGGCGACGACGACGCCUUCAUCAGCUACCGCACGGGGCAGUACAAGCUGCACUUUUACGAGACGCCCGCCAACCUGCGCUUCGUGCUGCUCACCGACACGGGCAGCGCGAGCAUGCGCAACGUGCUGCAUCAGAUUUACAUUAACCUCUGGGUCGAAUACGUUGUCAAGAACCCGCUCGCGCCGGUAGAGCACAAGGGUGGCGCCGGCGUCAAGAACGAGCUGUUCGAGCUGGGCGUGGACCAAUUCAUCCGAGGGCUGAUGUGA